GGGAGGAGAAUAUGAGCAGAGCCCAUGCAGGUACGCACUUUCUACCAGGUGAGGUGGCCGAGUGACGUCACCGGCACCGGUUUCCAAUGAGAGACUAAGAAUGAGGAAGGCGAGCUAACCCUCCGGGUUGGAGAGGACAGGAGGUUAAAUGCAUCGUUAAAAGCAACCGACCGGGGACGUUAUCUAGAGGAAUCCAAGUUUUGGAGGAUGGUGCACGGCAGCCCGGGAGCGCGCUGCGCUCGCUUUAUGGAGCGACACCGGUCCGCGGUGAGUUUUGCCGUUCUGAUCGUCGCCUACAUCCUCUACCUCAUAAUCGGCGCCGGGAUCUUCUCGGCCAUCGAGUUGCCCUACGAAGAGGAGUUUCGACGGGAGCUGAAAGCGGCCCGUCGGGACUUCCUGAACAACAACACUUGCGUGUCCGACGAGCGUCUGGAGGAGCUUCUGGCGCGCGCGCUGCAGGCCAGCAACUACGGGGUGUCCGUCCUUGAAAAUGACACCGGCCAAAACUGGGACUUUGUGUCUUCCCUGUUCUUCACCAGUACCGUGCUGACCACAACAGGUUAUGGUCACACUGUUCCACUCUCUGAUGAAGGCAAGGCUUUCUGUAUUUUCUACUCCCUCUUUGGCAUCCCCGUUACCCUCUUCUUCCUCUCCACUGUUGUGGAAAGACUCGUGGUCCUGAUGAGUCGACGCCCGGUCUCCUACUUCCACAGACGAUGGGCCAUGUCCAGGUCCAACCUGGCCGUCCUUCACGCCACCUCUCUAGCCGUCAUCAUGGUCAUUAUCUUCCUCCUCAUCCCUGCGUGGAUCUUUGUGACGCUGGAAAAAGAUUGGAACUUUCUAGAGUCUUUGUACUUCUGCUUCAUCUCACUGACAACCAUUGGCCUCGGAGAUUAUGUUCCUGGAGAAACCCACAGUAAGGAGGCCAACCCACACCCACAGCUGUACAGACUGGCCAUAACAGUCUACCUGCUGCUGGGCUUGGUGUGCGUCCUGGUGGUGAUGGAGACGUUUUGCGAGCUUCCCCAAAUGCGACGGCUCAGACAGAUGUUCUACCAAGAAAGUGUUCGGGAGCUGGACUCUGAGACCGCGAACAUUAUCGACCGCGACCACAUGAGCAGCCAGCUGACCGAACCCGCCGAUCAAAUAUCGUCAGAUCAACUACCGGCCAUUCCCUCUGUGUCAGCACAAGCUGAGACUCUGCCACGGAGCACCACAUCAGUGCCUUACUUACCAGCUUUAUCGUCCGAUGUUAAUGGAAAGCUAAGAUAACACUUGUCUGGGCCUCCAGGAGUUGUGUUUGAGAUAUAUUAUUUUUAAGGAAGUCAUUUGGUGACUCUUGUUCAACACAUAGCUUCUCAGCUCUAUAAAAUGUUAUUAUUUGAGCCUACUGGAGUGUCAAUGCACAAAAAACUGAGUUGCUUGAUAGUUUAAAAGUGCUUGCCUUUCUGCCAACAUCAACGCACAUGUGUGGUAUUACAGUAGGCACACCCACACAUUAUCAGUGUGGUGCUGUUUUCCCCUUGUUCUAAUUCCCUGUAGAUAUUUAUCUUUGACUAAAAGGAAGGGCAGGGCCCCCCAAAAGGGUUGAAAAAAUAAGUUUUCUCUUCUAAACCGAGCUUUGCAAUGCCAAAGAUGCAUAGUUCUCACGAGAGGUUUUCACACUUUGAACCGCCUGUGCUCCAUGCUCGUAUUUGCAUAGGAAAUUUGCCUUCUUGGAGACUGUAAGGCAGUACGGCACCAGGGUAAUCAGGCAUACCAUCAGUUAGCUGACUGCCCAUCGUGUGAAAGUACUGGAUGAAGAAGAUCAGUUGAUGGCAAUGAAAAACAUUUUUUUCUUCCUGGUUUCUUACAGGUUUAUUAGGCUUGAGUUCCUGAUAGUAUGUAUUGACAGGUCAUUGUGGGAACCCAGCUGUAACACAAGCAUUUUUGCCACCAGGGGGAGGCAUUUUCAUGUUAAAGGAAGUUUAGGUAAAGGUCUUGCCAGGACUUUUAAUCAUGCUGCUUGCUAUUCUUUCAAACAAAAUUGAAUACACAAAAUACCUCAUUGUUACAUCUAAAGGUAAGAAAGCAGUUGUUUGGAAGUACAUGAUGGGGUUAUACACAUCCAAGCUGCUUUUUCAUCUGUAUUUAUAUUUAAGGUGGGUGUUAUUUGUCAGCAAAUAAAUAUAUCUUUUCCUCACUUUUAAAUUAGCUUUCAAGCUUCAAAUCAUAGCUUCCUUACAUUGUAAUUAAAAUAAUUCUGUCUUUAGGUUGUGGAUGAGACACUAAUCACAAAACUUCUGAAUGAAAUGUAAAUACAUUAUACAACUGAACCUUGUUGUGAUUACGUUUCUACAGAUGUGCACCUCGAGAAACCACACUGAACAUUUU